AUGACACGCGACACAGAUGAACAUGAAGAUCCCUACAAAAUUGAUAUUAGCUUGAAUAAUGACGAAGACAACAAGCGUAAACGGUUUUUCGAAAAAGGGCUGAAUGCACUUUUAACCGACCCAUACUUCUUGCUUCUCUACGUGCCGGACAAUGGGGCCAAGAUGCAAAUUAUACGUCCAGCAACUAAUUUAUACCAUCGCAAACGGAUGAUCAAGAUGAUUAAUGAAGCGAGACGCGUUCCAUCUUUUUACUAUGCGCUAUCACAUCUUUGGGGGAUCUCCGAAAACAAUCGACAUCAUUGGAAUGAUAUAAGCGAAUACGUGUAUGAUGACGAAGGAAAACCAGUGAAGCCUGUAUCAAUGCGACCUGAAAAACGUGAUGCAUUGCUUCAACUCCUCAAAGAUCACCCUGACAGUUAUUGGUGGAUUGAUGUCUUAUGUGCACGUACUGAUACCCCCUUGGAUAUUAUGGGUGAUGUCUACGCUUGUUGUAUUGAAUGCAUUGCCAUGAUCGAUUGUGAAGCCAGCCUAAUACCAAAACUCCAUACCAAGAUGGGUGCAAAAGAGGAUUUCGCUGAUUUUUGGUUCAAUGAAAAUCGAAGCCCAAACGAAGUCUUACAAUUCAAGCAGCUCAAUGAAGAGUACCCCCAAUUGAUUGACGAUUUGGGUACAUUCUUCCAAAGCCAAUGGUGGCAACGUGUGUGGACAUGGCAAGAAAUGGCUUUACCUUCCGAGGAGGUGCGUUUUAUGUCUGAAGGAGACAUACAUCGAGGUUCGAAAAACACAAUCAUUCUGAAGGAUCUACUUAACAGCUGCAUGAAUGCUACACGUGUUAUGUACUAUUUAUUCGAGGAAUAUGAUCCAGGCCGCGAGAGCAAAGAAGAAAGAAAUUUGCUUAGAUGGUUCUUUGACAUAAACCAAGCUAGAACGUUCAACGAGCAUCAUACUAUUGAAAAGAAAGCAGAGAAAUUCAUGCUUCUGAUUCUAUCCUUUAGCCAAUCGACGCGACAUUGUAUGGACCCUGUGGACUACGUCUAUGGUCUACUAGGCAUAUUUCAAGUCAAAAUCCCAAGGCUGUCUGAUCCCAAUGAAGUCUGGAACAUUUUCUUAUCCGAGAUUGACAAAUACAUGGAGGACAUAAAGAACGUCGAGUUUCCGCUGGUUGAUUCUGAAACGGCAAGAAUCACUGGGGUCACGGAUCGUGCAUGUCAAGUCGAUUUAAGGAAUGCCAAAAAUAUGGCUGAUGUAUACGACGACUUUUUAGAACUUGUAUAG